AUGGCGCCUUUGUUGACAAGUGUGCCACGGUUGAAGCGGGUACUGGUACUCGGCCUGUGUAUUCUCACCUUUUGGCUUCUGCUGCCAUCCGACGGCAUAAGGUCUUCCGGAAGUUUGGUUUCAUUGUUCGUAGGUGCAAGAAUGAGUACUGGUGCAGACGUGUUGGCAUAUAUCGAUCCGCUCAUCGGAACUGUUAACGGAGCAGGGCAUGUCUUUCCGGGCGCAACACUCCCUUAUGGUAUGGCCAAAGCAGUGGCGGAUGUCAAUAGUCAAUGGGAAGCUGCUGCGGGUUUUGUGUCCGACAAUUCGCUGAUAACAGGCUUUUCACAUCUGCAUGACUCUGGCACCGGAGGGUCACCAUCUUUGGGGAACUUUCCACUCUUCGUUCACCCAGGUUGCCCAGGAGACGAGUUUGCUCAAUGCGAGUUUAGCAAGUCUGCUCGAGCUACCAAACGAGUGAAUGGCUCUGUUGAAGCACGUCCAGGCUAUUUCGCUCUUGGGCUGGGCAAUUUGAUUCACGCAGAAAUGACUGCUACAAAGCAUACAACACUAUAUCACUUCACCGUUCCCAAUGUGUCCGAGGUACAUUUGAGGACAGACGCAGUGCCAGUCAAGCCUCUGGUGCUGAUUGACCUCUCAGAUCUCGCAGGAAACGGAUUUGGUGGCUCGGUUGAGGUUGAUCCAGAGAGUGGCCGAAUCACGGGAAAUGGAACUUUCAAUCCCUCUUUCGGCAGAGGACAGUAUAAUGCUCAUUUUUGUGCCGACUUUCGCGGGGCGGCUAUACGUAAGACAGGGACGUUUCAUGGUGUUCUUGCGAACGAAACGGCCAAGGCCUUGGGCGAGGGAGUGACCGGAUCCCCUCGUCUAAGUGGCUCAGCAGGCGCUUGGAUACACUUCGAUCGGCCUAUAAAGGAUCGUAUCCUAGCUCGCGUCGGGUUAUCCUUCAUCUCAGUGGACCAAGCAUGCCGUAAUGCCGAGAACGAAAUCCCCCUUUUCGAAUUCAACAAGACAGUACAAGCUGCUGAGAAGGCCUGGGCCGACAAGAUGUCCGUCAUUGAAGUGGACCAUUAUGGGGUCUCAGACGACCUCCUCAAAACAUUUUGGUCCGGCUUGUACCGUGCUCUCCUCUCACCUCAAGACUACACGGGAGAGAAUCAGCUAUGGAAUUCAAGCGAGCCGUAUUUCGACUCAUUUUACUGUAUCUGGGACUCUUUCCGGGCACAGCACCCGCUGCUUUCGAUCGUGGAUCCGGAUGAACAGACACGGAUGGUGCGAGCCUUGCUGGAUAUAUACAAGCAUGAAGGAUACUUGCCUGAUUGCCGCAUGAGCUUUUCGCAAGGCUACACCCAAGGUGGGUCAAAUGCAGAUGUGGUUCUUGCUGAUGCCUUUGUCAAGAACUUGACAGCCGGUAUCGACUGGAAUUUAGCAUAUGAAGCGGUAACCAAAGAUGCGGAGGUUGAGCCGUCCGAUUGGACCAGCGUUGGAAGAGGUAAUAUAGAGGCUUGGAAGAGUUACGGCUAUGUGCCCCAGGACGACGUAGACAAGAACGGCACCGGGCCGAUGUCGAGAUCAAUCUCCAGGACAGUCGAAUAUGCCUACGACGAUUUUGCGAUCUACCUCAUGGCUAAAGGUCUUGGUAAGGCUGCAGAUGAACAAAAAUAUCGGGAAAGAAGUAUGGGUUGGAAGAGUCUAUACAAUCCUGACCAAGAAGACCGAUACGUGGAGAAAGACGGCACCAUUGUCGAAAGCCCGUUUAGGGGUUUUCUCCAACCUCGCCUCACCAACGGCACAUUUAUGGUUCAAAAUCCACGCCUCUGCAGCCCGGCUUAUGAGCAGCAUGUCUGCUAUUUUGAUACUAGGUACGACACUUAUGAGGGUAGUCCGUGGCUGUACACGUUCUUCGUGCCGCAAGAUAUGGCUUCUCUUAUCCAGACGCUAGGGGGGAGAAAAUCUUUCAUCAACCGGCUUGAGUACUUCCACUCGUCCGACAUUGUCUAUAUGGGAAACGAACAGAGCUUCUUGCCCACUUUCCAAUUCCAUUACGGAGGCCGUCCUGGUCUUAGCUCUUAUUGGGUGCACCGGUACAUACCGGCGCAGUUCAAUAGCAGUAUCAAUGGUAUUCCUGGCAACGACGAUUGUGCUAUGGGCGCAUUCACAGCGUUUGUCUUUAUGGGAUUCUUCCCAGUUGCAGGACAGAGUGUAUACCUAGUUACGCCCCCGCUGUUCAGGGAAGUCCGAAUCCGAACGCCAACUGGUAAACAGGCAAUCAUCCGGAAUCUCGGUUUUGAUCCGACUUACCAGUCGAUCUAUAUACAGAGUGCGAAGCUGAACGGAAAGCCGUAUACGAAGAACUGGAUUACCCAUGAUUUCUUUUAUCAUGGUGGUGUGCUGGAACUGACAUUGGGGAAAGAAGAAAGCAUAUGGGGAACAGCGGACGAGGACUUGCCGCCGAGCCUUUCCACGAGCUGA